AUGCCUGCUCCUACCAACCCCAUUGCGAACGCGAAACGCGGCUCUCGGAAACGUGAAAACCCACAGGAGAUUCAAAUGAUGAAGCAGCGCGUGAAGGAGAUGGAGGAAGAGGCCGCGAAGCUGCGUGAGCUGCAGGAGCAGGCGGAGAAGGAGCAGUCCCAAAGCGGCCCGAUGGACGUGGAUGACCCAACGGCAGCGGACAGCAGAAGCGUAUACGUUGGCAACGUUGACUACGGCGCCACGCCGGAAGAAAUACAAGCACACUUCCAAGCAUGCGGCGUCAUCAACCGGGUGACCAUUCUUUGCGACAAAUUCACUGGCCAUCCUAAAGGCUAUGCAUAUGUCGAAUUCUCAGAGCCAGAACAUGUGGACGCUGCGGUGGCGCUUGACAACUCCUUGUUCCGUGGGCGGUUGUUGAAGGUGACCGCCAAGCGUACGAACAUCCCUGGUUACAACCGAGGCCGCGGUCGCGGCCGUGGUGGAUAUCGAGGAGGCUUCCGCGGCGGAUACCAAGGGUAUACCCCGUAUGGCCGGGGCCGUGGACGGUAUGUGGCGAUGCUCGAUCUUUGGUGGUUCUUAAGCUGA